CAUCAAUUGUUGAAAGCCAGAUAUCUGGAUAUGAUCUUUUUGGAUAAAGAUCUUGCAAAUGCUAUUCAACAUUUUAAGAAUAAAUAUAGAAACCUUAAACAAUCAGAUGCUUCACAGCUUUUUUCAUUUCUUACCAAAAAACAGUUUGAAGAAUCAGAAUAG